CCCCACCAGUGCUUAGCAGUGCACACCCACCAGUGCUUAGCAUGCCAGUGCCACCCAGUGCCCAUCAGUGUUGCCAGUCAGUGCUGUCAGUCAGUGCCACCAAUCAGCGCCACCCAUCAGUGCCGCCUAUCAGUGCCCAUACAUGCUGCCUAUCAGUGCCCAUCAUUGCUGCAUAUCAUUGUAGCAUCAUCAGUGCCUCCUCAUCAAUGCCCACCAGUGUCGCCUCAUCAGUGCAGCCUAUCAGUGCUGCCUAUCCAUGCCACCUCAUCAGUGCCCAUCAGUGCUGCCUAUCAGUGCAGCAUCAUCAAUGCACAUCAAUG